CUAUUUUUUUUUAUAAUAUAUUUAAUAUAUCUAUAUUUUGUGUGUGUGUAUGCCAGUAAUUGUUAUGUAUUUUGACUUUUGUGAUAAAACAUCUUAACAUAGUAAUAAAUUCUUUGAAAUAUCAAGCGUUGUUGAUUUUCAAUUAUUUUAUAAGAUAAAUAUUUUUCAAUUAGUUAACAAUGUUUUGUAUAUAAUGAGGGGUGUGAAUAUUUGGGCAUGAGCAAAGAUUUGGAAACUGUGGUCAUCUUUCAUCCACACCCUUACCUAUCAAUUUCAAUCAUAUAUGUUAUUUUGAAAGCUUUACUUUUGCAUAUAUAAAACUUCGAGUUGAAUUUAUGCAUCUUUUUCAUGUCUCUUUGAAAAACAGAUCGAAAUACUGAAAGAGGGUAGCUUUUCAUAAAAUUACUUAUUGCGCAUAGGGAAAUAAAGAACGUGAUUAAAAGUGAGUCCUGACAAAGCAGAUUGUUUAACAGAGCCAGACAAAAUAAAAUCAAAGUAUUCAUGACUUAUUCAUUGACGUCAAUCAUGUAUUGACGAUGAUAAUUGAUAUCUUAUUUUCAGUUAAAACACGUCCGAUGUAUAAUGCAGAUUUUUAUCAAUUCUUUCUCUUCAUCACGUUCUUCUUCCUUAAAAUCUUUUGAUUUUCUAUAAAAUCAAAAAAGAAGAAAAGAAAAGGAUCAUGUCGAAUUUAAAUUUAAUUCUGACUUUUCGAAUUUCGAAAAGAAUCAAAUGAGAUGAUCAAGUUUGUUCAUUAACCUGAUCUAAAAUCAACUUUUUAUCUUACCUACGACAAAAGUUUCUCUAGAACACUCGUUUUUUCUCUUUGCGUAUUAUGUUGGAAGAAAUGAAUGAGAGAAAGAGAGAGAUAUAAAUAGAGAGAAAAUCUACACUGAGAGUCAUUUUGUUUUUAUCGAAGACAAAAGAAGAAGAAGAAGAUUAUUUUAUUAGUUACCUAAUUCAUCAGAAACAAUCUUAUUGAAUGAUGAGGAAUAUGAACGUAUUUAUCAUUAUUCUUCUGUUCAUUCUCAGCAAUGAAACAUCAGGUACAUCGCUUUAUUUAUCACGUACUGAAUAUUAGCUAUUGCACAAAAAUGACAUUAUUCGUUAGAGUUUUAGUUGAACAAAAGAGAGUGAAAUAAUAGAUUGUAGAAUUUGCCAAGAAUUUCUAUUAUAUAUUGAAAAGUGAUGGUAUUGAUCUCUUGCAGUGGUUAUGUGAGACUUUUUAGGGUUUGAAGAAUGAGUGUACUUUGAGUUUAAAACUAUAAGUUGGAAUAUUGGUUGAUAGUUUUAAAACGAUUGACAACGUGAACAUUACUGAAAUCUUCUCUUAAUAUCAAAUUUAUUUGUAGAUCUUGAAACGAGAAAGAGAUACAAGACAAAGGAAAGAAAUCUAUUUCAUCAUAUUGCAUUAUAAAAUACAAAAAAAAGGAUGAAUUGACUUUUUCAAAUGAAAUCAAAAUUCAAAAAAAAGAGAAGAGCAACAGAUUAAUGUAAAUGAAAACAAAUUUUUGUAAAACUAUUUGAUUAUUUUGGUUUAAGAUAAGAUGUAGAUUCAUUUAUCCCAUACAGAUUAUUUUCAUUAUAUAAAAAAUACUAUGAUUAUUUUUUUUUAUCUUCAAUGAGAAUCAUAUUUUUUCAAGGAUCAAACAUAACUAUUUUUCUUUUACAACAAAAAAAAUCAAUAAAUAAAGUUGAUCUUCUUCGAUGAAUUUAGUUCUCUCUUGGUUGAUAUUUAUAAAUCAUCCGAGAUAAUACAACAACAAUCAUAGAAAUCUUUUCAAAAGUAAUCUCAAUGAACUGAUCGAAGAAAAAACUUAAAUUAACAGUUUCAUUUCGUUUACAAUUCUUGUCUAAUAUUCUUUCUAUUUUUGUUUUUAGCUCUUUCAUUCAAUCAGCCAAAGUUUUCUCCAACACCCAUUUGGAAUUCUAAUGGAAUUACUUUUGCUAAUCAAUCGAUUGUUGGUGAAGAGCCUUGCGCUAUUUUUGUGAAUACAAACAACACAAUCUAUGUCGCUAAUCAAGAAAAUAACACAAUUGUAAUAUGGCAUGAAGAAAGUGUCAAUCCAACAAACAUUAUUUUCGGUAAUUUUACAAGACCCACUUCUCUUUUCGUGACAUCAAAUGGUGAUAUUUAUAUUGAUGAUAGUGACAAGAAUGGUCGAGUGCAGAAAUGGAGUGCAGAAACAAGUACAUUUGACACGGUGAUGAAUGUCAACUCAUCAUGUUCUGGCUUGUUUGUCGAUAUCACUGAUACUCUUUACUGUUCAAUGAUUGAUGAUGAUCAAGUAGUGAAAAGAUCAUUAAAUGAUGCUGUGAUAGCUUCUAAUCAUGUUGCUGCUGGAACAGGUAUAGAAGGAUCAGACUCAGAUAAACUCAAUGGUCCUGUUGGAAUUUUUGUCGAUAUAAACUUAGAUUUAUAUGUGGCAGAUUGUGGAAAUGGUCGGGUUCAGUUAUUUCAAACAGGAGAAUCAAAUGGUAUCACAGUAGCUGGAAGUACAUCACUAUAUCCAACAAUCAAACUUGAAUGUCCCAGUGGAAUUAUAUUAGAUGCUGAGAAAUAUUUAUUCAUUGCUGAUGUAGGCAAUAGUCGCAUUGUCGGUUCAGACAUGUAUGGUUUUCGAUGUUUAGUUGGAUGUUAUGGACUGGGUUCACAAUCCAAUCAAUUGAAUUAUGCAUUUGAUUUUAGUUUCGAUCGUUCUGGAAACAUGUUUGUUGCUGAUGCAGCAAAUCAUCGAAUUCAAAAGUUUUUAUUGAUGAAAGAUUCUUUUGCUCUUUCAUUUAAUCAACUAAAGUUUUGUUCAACAGCCACUUGGAAUUUCAAUGGAAUUACUGUUGCUAACCAAUCGAUUGUUGGUCAAGAUCCUCAUGCCAUUUUUGUGAAUACAAAUAACACAAUCUAUGUCGCUAAUCAAGAAAAUAACACAAUUGUAAUGUGGCAUGAAGGGAGUGUCAAUCCAACAAAGAUUAUUCGCGGUAAUUUUACAAAACCCACUUCUCUUUUCGUGACAUCGAAUGGUGAUAUUUAUAUUGAUGAUGGAUUCAAGAAUGGUCGAGUGCAGAAAUGGAUAACAGAAACAAACACCUUUGUUACAGUGAUGAAUGUCAACUCAUCAUGUUAUGGUUUAUUUGUCGAUAUCACUGAUACUCUUUACUGUUCAAUGAAUGGUGCUGAUCAAGUAGUGAAAAGAUCAUUAAAUGAUGCUGUGAUAGCUUUCAAUUAUGUUGCUGCUGGAACAGGUAUUGGGGGAUUAGAUUCGAAUGAACUGGGACUUCCUCGUGGAAUCUAUGUCGAUGUGAAUUUAGAUUUAUAUGUGGCAGAUUGUGGAAAUGAUCGAGUUCAGUUAUUCCAGCCGGGAGAAUCAAAUGGCAUCACAGUAGCUGGAUAUACAUCACUAUAUCCAACAAUUACACUUUUGUGUCCCACUGUAAUUAUAUUGGAUGCUGAGAAAUAUUUAUUCAUUGUAGAUAGUGGCAAUGGUCGCAUUGUUGGUUCAAGCUUGAAUGGUUUUCGAUGUAUAGUUGGAUGUUAUGCAAGUGGUUCACAAUCCAAUCAAUUGCAUGAUCCAUUUAGUUUGAGUUUUGAUCGUUCUGGAAACAUGUUUGUUACUGAUCAAUCAAAUCAUCGAGUUCAAAAAUUUCAAUAUUUCGAAGAAUCAUGUGAUACCUCAUUAUUAUUAAUGAAAUCAGUGUAUUUAUCAUCGUUAACACUAAAUAGUUCAAUUUAUUUUCAAGAUUGUUCUGAGUUAGAUUCGUACUAUGAAGUGAUACAAAUAAACGUCACUAUAACUGGUUAUUAUACUUUUCAAAUCAACAGCGAGAUGAAAACCACUUAUGCUUAUGUCUACACAAAUAACUUCAAUCCACUCGAUGUGUCCAAAAAUGUGCUGAACCGUAGUGGAGACUUUAGUAAUCAAGGUCAAUUUCAGCUCACAGCUGUUCUCGAAGCUGAUAUGAAAUACGAUUUCGUUAUGACAACAUCUUCUCCGAAUAUAACAGGAAAAUUUUCAAUUCAAGCAUCUGGCCGAAGCAAUAUUCAUUUCAAUCGUAUCUGUGAGUAUAUAUAG